UUCAUUUUUAAAAGGAAACCACGUUCAUCAAUAGCGUUCAAGAAUUAAAUAUGGACUCGUUGUUGGUGUAAAUAGCUGCUUUCGACAUUUUUUCGUAAAAAAAUAAUUAGUUUCAUAUACUUCUAAUUUUAUGACAGAAGUGAACAAGCUACUAUGACUAUUAGAUUUUUAUAUAAACUUUUAAAUGCUGUGUAUUCUAUUUCCACGAAGUAUAGAAUUGCUUUUUUGUUUAUGUGCUUAACGAUCCUGAGAUUUUCUAAUCCAUUCCAAACUCAAGAAAAUGCGUUUCGUAUCUAAUUCAUUCAAUUCGUGUCUAAAAACAAGAUUUUGUUGAUUAUUUGGUGAAAAAUAAUAAUUAUUCAUAUUGUGUCCAUACCUGUCGCUGAAGUCACACACGUUUCGAGCGAUAAUUAAUAAACAGCCUUAAUUUAUAAUUAUAAACACAUUAUAUAUAUAUAUAUAUAUAUAUUUACAUAUAUUUACACAUAUGUAUACAUGCAUGUAUGUAUGUAUAUAUAAAUAACAAUACUUGUAUUUAAAUCAAAUAAACAUAAUGAAUAUAAUAUCGUGCACCACGUGGGUUAAGAGAGGUAUUGCUGCAACUCUUCCUGAAAAGGUUGAACUGACAUCAAAAGAAUUAGAAGAAAUUAUAAAACAAACCCAAUUUGAUUUGCAGAAUGAUGAUUCAGAUAAAGAAGAAGAAGAAGAAGAAGAAGAAGAAGAAGCUAUUGGAGAUGAAGUUGAUUCGGAGAAAAAGAAAGUUAAAAAGAACUAUGAUGUAAAUAAUAGUUCUAUGGAAACCGAUGAAUAUGAUUUUGAUAAAUAUGAUAAAGAGAGCGGUGAUAUACAUUGUAAUAUCGGAAAUAUAGUAUCUUUUGGGGAAGACGGUAAAGAUCCUCUUAUAACAUCAGCAGAGAUUGAUGAUGAUUCAGAAAAAGAAGAUGACAUGAUUAAAGGCGAUGAUAAUUUAGUUUUGCUAGGACACGUUGAUGGUGAUGCCAGUAUAUUGGAAAUAUUUGUAUAUAAUGCAGCAGAAGGUUCUUUUUAUUGUCAUCAUGAUAUAUUGUUACCAUCAUUUCCAUUAUGUAUCGAAUGGCUUAAUUUUGAUCCAAGUGAUACAAUGCCAGCCAAUUUAUGUGCAAUCGGAAGUAUGACUCCAAUAAUUGAAGUUUGGGAUCUUGACCUAAUUGAUUGUUUAGAACCAGUUUUUAAACUUGGACGUAAACCAAAUAAAAAAAAAAAAUUGACCCGUAUCGGUCAUAAAGAUGCAGUAUUAGAUUUGGCAUGGAAUAAAAAUUAUACGCAUAUAUUGGCAAGUGGUUCAGUUGAUCAAACUGUUUUAUUGUGGGAUUUAGAAAAUGGCAAACCUGCUACCAAAUUAGAUCCUUUCAAUGAAAAAGUUCAGAGUCUUGAAUGGCAUCCAUUAGAAACUCACCAUCUCUUAACGGGAUGUGCAGACCAAGUUGCAAGAUUAUUCGAUUGUAAAUUAGAAAGCAAUGUUAAAGAAUGGCAGACACCUGGAGAAGUAGAAAGAGUCUUAUGGAAUCACUUUGAUGCUAAUCAUUUUCUUAUUAGCACAAAUAAUGGUUACCUUGAAUAUUAUGACAUAAGAGAAGAUUCACCAAUUUGGCAAGUCAAGGCUCAUGAAGCAGAAAUUACAGGAUUAUCUUUUAGCUCAUCAUAUCCAGGAUUAUUAGUUACUUCAUCGAAUGAUAGCAUAAUCAAAGUAUGGGAUAUUCUUGAUAGUAAAGAUCCAUGCGUUAUAUGGGAAAAAAAGACUAAUUUAGGUGCAUUGCAAUGUCUUGCACCAAAUCCAGAUAUUCCACUUGUAUUUGCUGUAGGUGGUGACAACAAAGCUCAUAAUUUUAAAGUUAUAGAUUUGUCUGAAAUAUCAAUAGUUAAUGACAGAUUUAAAAAAAGAGAAACUAUACAUAUGGAAAUGAAAGAAAACUCUAAAAAGAGUGAAGACUAUGGCACAAAAGGAGAAAUGAUGGAAGUGGCUGAGUGUAUGGAAUCCAUGGCAUUAAACAUUGUUAAUUCUUCUGGGGUUAAUAAAAAAAAAAAAAAGAAAUAAGAAAUAAUAAAUGUUAUCUAAAUUUUGUGUACGAAAUGUAAAUAAUUUACCUAUACUAUACGUUCGAUAUGUACAUAAUAUAAAUAUCGUGCAACACACAUUUUUCUUACACAUGAUAAUUCUAUUUUCAUAAUUUAUAGAUAGGAUAUUUAAUAAAAUGCAAAUGUCAUUAGA